AUGGCGUUCGCGCAGUGCAUAGGGGCGAAGGAAACCGUCGGUUCACAUGUCGAUUCACAUGUUGGCUCCAACAAAUCUAUCCUUCUGGGGACGAAGACCAUGCGACCAGCCCCUGCAGGCGAAAAUGCAAGCACCCAUCCAAUUUACGCGCGUCCCAAGGUCCUCCAUAAUCUCAGUCUCGAGUCGUAUCUUUUCCUCCGGUUUAUCUCAAAGUACACCGCCUCCAUACCAAUCUAUGGCUGCGUUGAAUGCACUCCGUACGCAUCUGUCAUAUUGUUUGAGGGGAUGCCCAAGAUCAACAACGCCUGCGCAUGCAACGCAACGCGCCGCUGGAUUCUUUCCGAGCCAAUGAGGCCCCGGAGUCUUUGA